AUGGCACUUUGGAAAUGUAUCGCUUUGCUGUGUCAAUUUCUUUUUUUCGCCCAAAUUUGUUCAAUGCCAACAAAAUGCAUCAUGCGGCGGGAUCUCGUGAAAACGACUCACAGUCUACUUGAGAAUAUGGGAGGUCUUUUUCCUCGUGAAUGCUUAAAAGAAAACGUCAAAAUAACCUUCCAGAAAUCUGCACUGCAAUCAAAUGACUCCAAUCAGAACAUCGGUGUAGCAAAGGCAGAGUAUAAAAUCAUGGAGCACAUUGACUACCUGUUUGCCAACGAUAGUCAUCCAGAAUCCUGGAACCAGAAGAAAGUGGAGGAUUUACAAAACAUAGUUUUCCGUUUAACUGACGACUACCAAUGUAUUAUGAGGCGAAAGCAGCGACCCGUGGAUGAUUUUCCCACAAGAGAAGAUGCACUGAAAACCUAUUUUGAUAAACUGGCCACUCUCCUCAGAAACAAGGACUACAGUGUCUGCGCAUGGGAGGUGGUUCGAAAGGAGCUCCUGCGUGUUCUUAAAUUCACGCUUGAAUUGACAUCAUUCGGUUAA